UCCUCUCCCUACAGCAUGUCCCUCCACUGGCACGGCGUUCUGCAGCGCGGCACGCCGUGGGCGGACGGGCCGGCGAUGGUGACGCAGUGCCCCGUGCGCCCCGGCGGCAACUACACGUACAGGUUCACCGUCGCCGGGCAGGAGGGCACGCUGUGGUGGCACGCCCACGUCUCCUUCCACCGCGCCACCGUCUACGGCGCGCUCGUCAUCAGGCCCCGCGGCGGCGCCGCCGCCUACCCGUUCCCUCGGCCCGACGAGGAGCGCGUCGUCGUCCUCGGCGAGUGGUGGAACGCCACCGUCUACGACAUGGAGCGCAUGGCCUUCCUCACCGGCAUCCCGGCGCCCCACGCCGACGCCUACACCAUCAACGGCAAGCCCGGCGACUUCUACAACUGCUCCGCCGCAAACCAGACGGAGACGUUCGAGGUGAGGCAGAACAGGACGUACUUGCUGCGGAUCAUCAACGCUGGGAUGAACACGCCGUUGUUUUUCAAGGUGGCGAGGCACCGGCUCACCGUCGUCGGCGCGGACGCGUGCUACACCAAGCCGUACAAGACCGGCGUGGUGGUGAUCUCGCCGGGGCAGACGGUGGACGCGGUGAUGGUGGCCAGCGCCGCCGUGGGGAGGUACUACAUGGCGGCGUCGCCCUACGACAGCGCCAUCCCGCAGGGCCCGCCGUUCAGCGACACCACCGCCACGGCCAUCCUGCAGUACGUCGGCGCGCGGCGCAAGACGGCGCGCCCGGUGCUUCCGCGGCGGCCGGCGGUCAACGACACGGCCACCGCGCACCGGUUCUUCUCGGGCAUGACCGCACUUCUCCGCCCCGGUAAGCCGACGGUGCCGCUCGCCGUCGACACCCACAUGUACGUCACCGUCGGCCUCGGCGUCUCCGACUGCCUCCCGGAGCAGCUCCUCUGCAACCGGAGCGCGCCGCCGGUGUUCUCGUCGAGCAUGAACAACGCCUCCUUCGUCACCCCGACGAACACCUCCAUGCUCGAGGCCCAUUUCAAGAACGCGGCGGCCGGCGUCUACACCCGUGACUUCCCCGACACGCCGCCGGUGGUGUUCGACUACACCGGCGACGAGAGCGACAACGCGACGAUGCAGUACACCGCCAAGUCGACCAAGGUAAAGACGCUGCGGUACAACACGACGGUGGAGAUGGUGCUGCAGAACACGCGGCUGAUCGCCAAGGAGAGCCACCCGAUGCACCUCCAUGGCUUCAACUUCUUCAUCCUCGCGCAAGGGUUCGGCAACUAUGACGGGAGCACGGCGGUGGGGAAAUUCAACCUGGUGGACCCGCAGGAGCGCAACACCGUCGCCGUGCCCACCGGCGGCUGGGCCGUCAUCCGCUUCGUCGCCGACAACCCCGGGAUGUGGUACAUGCACUGCCACUUCGACGCCCAUAUUAGCCUAGGGCUGGGCAUGGUUUUCGAGGUUCUCGACGGCCCGACGCCGGAGACGUCGGUGCCGCCGCCGCCGGCGGACCUUCCACGGUGCUGA